GAAAAGCAGAUAAAAGGAUAGGGUUGAAACGCGAAGUAGUGAAGUUUUGUGUGGUGUGAGAUUCAUUCCUUAGAUCAAGAAGAAGAAGAAGAGAUGGAGAUGACAGCACAACAACUGAGCGAAUACAACGGCACAGACCCAUCGAAGCCCAUCUACGUGGCGGUGAAGGGUCGCGUUUACGACGUCACCACCGGUAAAUCCUUCUACGGUCCAGGUGGAGCCUACGCCAUGUUCGCCGGCAAAGACGCUAGCAGAGCACUUGCAAAGAUGAGCAAGAACGAAGAAGAUAUCACCUCAUCGCUCGAUGGACUCACCGAGAAAGAGAUCGGAGUUCUCAAUGAUUGGGAAACCAAGUUUGUAGCUAAGUACCCUGUUGUUGCCACCAUCGUUAGUUAAUUAAUUAAUUAAUUAAUUCAACUCUCUUUAUCUAUCAUCGAUUUUCAUGAUCAAUCAUCAUAUUCUGAAGUAUGUUUGUGUUGUAACUAUAUGAAUCUGUUGAUGUUGAUGAAUUCAGUCCUAUCCCCUUUGUCCCAAUAAUAAAUUGAACUUUUAAUUUCUAGAACUAGAAAGGGGGGGUUUAGUGUUAGUUUAAUGCAUCUGGUUAAUGUAAAAUUAUAUUUUAUCUGUCUUUUAAAUCGAUCAAUAAAUUAACAUUGGUGUGAUUGAUUA